UAUGAUAAAGCUGUACGUAGCAAUUAAUUUAUUGCAUAUUAGCAAUUCUUUCUCGCCUGUGACGUCAUAAAUCAAUAUGGCUGCGAGAAUAUAGCUGACUAUCUCUAUUGCUCUCUCUCUCUUUCUCUUGCACGUACUAUUUGCAUUUAUUCCAUGAUUUAAAAUUAUUUAUUUAUAAACAGCCGCGAUUUAAAUAUAAACUUGUUUAUAUUCAAUUUACGACUUUAUAUGGCUUGUACUGCAGAUUUUAUCAAGAUUAUUUCUGAUAUCGUGUUGUUAUACCACGUGUUGUCAUUGACUUGUACGAAACUGUACGUAAUCUGAUGUAAUUGUGUAUAGCAGUUAAAUAGACAUCGCAUUUCCGCAGUUAGCAUGUCGAUUCUGAAUACGUUACAACGAGUAGGAGCCUUGGCGCGGGCGAGUCUGAUCCAUAAAUUGGAUCCAGCAAGAACCAUCACAUUUUCGUGUGUACGUUAUUCCACCGAAGAAAAUGUAGCUGAAGGUAAUGCUGAAGAUAAUGCUGAUAAUACUGUAGAUACUCCUAAGAUAGCACGUAGACCAGUUAUACCAGUAGAAACCAGUAUUCAGUACAUAAAUAGUGAUGCUUAUAAGCAAACCUAUGGAGACAAUCCAGUAUGGAAGCUGUAUAAAAGAAAUCAUAAAGGAUUAUUUCCACCUAGGAAAACUCGUAAAACUUGUAUAAGAAAAGGUCAAAUUUCUACUGGGAAUCCAUGUCCUAUAUGCAGAGACGAAUACCUUGUACUAGAUCAUAGAAAUGUCAAGCUACUUGAACAAUUUAUUGAUAAACAUAAUGGAGACAUUUUGAGCUAUUCAAAGACAAACAUUUGCCAAAGGCAGCACAAGCAACUCCUAAUUGCAAUAACCAGAGCCAAGGAUUAUGGAACUAUCACAUUCGAUGUUCCUAUAAGGCAAUACGAUUAUUCCGAGUGGAAACCGGCAAAUAAUUAGUCUUUAAUUAUUUAUAUUUUCUUACAUCCAUAUAUAUUUUUUCGUUAAAUAUAGAACGAAUUUAGAAAAGAUUUGGAAAAGAUGGAAUC